AUGGCGCCGCCCUCGAGUUCGCGCUCGAGGUCCACUCGCCCUACGCGGUCCAGCCGCACAAAGGUGCAGACCUACCACGAGGAAAGCUCCUCUCAGGAUGAAUCGGAAGGUUUACGUAGCUCAAGGCGUGCCUCGUUAUCUCUUCGCUCGCGAAUGCCAAAAUCCUAUCGUGAAGAUUCAACGGAUGAUAGCUUUGAUGAAGCUGUGGAAGACCAGGAGUCCGAAGCAUCGGUAUCUGCGUCGAUCGACACCCCAAAUCCGAACACCGAAUCUGUGCCUACUCGCCCUUCCAAACUCAAACGUCCUCGACGCGCUGCGACCACCUCGAAGCCAAAGCAGACUAAACGAUCGAAACCCAGCAGUCAAGUUGGGAGAGCCUUGCAUAAACGUGCUAAGGCAGAUGAGGAUGACCCGAUCUUUCUGGGAUCCGGUGUCAUUCCUCCUUGGCAAACUCUCCCCUACCAAAUCCUUCUUGACAUUUUCUUGCGCGCGUCGCAUCCAUUACUCGACGAAAGUCGUUCCGCCCGCAAUGACUCUGCCAAGUGGCUAGUCAAUGUCGCUCUACUAUGUCGAAGCUUUCACGAACCUGCGCUAGCUGCACUCUAUCACUGCCCCCCUCUGCUUCCUGCCUACAAGAGCCAUGUGCUCCUCUCUUUGCUGGCACUCCCGCAAGAGUCCCUCUCGAUGAAUUACUCUAGCAAGAUCAAGCAACUCCAUGUUGAGGUUGAACCAGUGCUCCUCUAUAAAAGUGGACCCUACGGAUACCUCGACCUUGCUCAGCUGAUUGAAAAGACACCUCGUUUACACACGGUAAGACUGUAUCACAAAGAUGAUUACACAGUGGGAAUACCCCCAUGGCACAUUGCUCAAUCAAAGUGGACUUAUCCAGACGCCAUCUUUUCCGCCAUCGAGAUCCGUGGCAUUACCCUUCGUAACUGGGACUGGAACAGUCGCUUUUUAGAAACCGAUGAGCUUGUCAAAUUGAUGGUGAGAAUGCACUCGCUGCGUGCCUUCCAGGGUCUCAGGCAGCUGAAGUUGCUCCACUUCGACAAUUCCAACGAGGAAACCUCCGCUGCCAAGGAGGCUGCUCUUCUUGAAGCCCUUGAUAUGCUUCCAGAGCUUCAGCGACUGGAUUUUAUUGAAAGCUCAUUGGUCAGCGGGGAAAUCCUGACCAACCUACCAAAUACACUCCGUUCGCUCACUCUGAACAACUGUGAUCGAUUGUGGUCAUCAGAUCUAACAGCCUAUUUGUCCUUGCAUGGCACCAAUCUCCGGGAGCUCAGUCUCAGCCACAAUCGCCAUCUCAACAUGUCUUUCAUCCAAACUUUGGCUCAGUGCUGUGAGAGCCUCGAAGUUUUCAAAAUGGACCUUUCUAUGCAUGAUGCGUCUAGCUAUCACGAUGUCGAGCCACACUUCGAAGAUCUACUCGUCGAAACCGAAGUUCCCACGUGGCCAGUGAAGCUUCAAGAAAUCGAGCUCACUCAGUUACGCAAAUGGGACGACGCUACUGCGGAGGUCUUUUUCACCUCGUUGGUAAACGCGGCACCGCAACUUCGUGAUCUACGUCGAUUGGUCAUAAGUGCAAUCCUGAAGAUUGGUUGGCGUGACCGUGCCACUUUUCGCGAGCGGUGGAUCGGUAUGCUCGAGAAGGUUUUCCUGCGACACAGCAUGCCGCCAGACCCCAACCUCCGCUCCCUUCAGAAGCGCUCGCUCAAACCCACCACAUUCAUCACAGCGAAUGACACCGAUGAACUUGAUGCUGGAGUUGAUGAUCCACGGCCGUCCACGGCUGAUGGUGGCCCAUCCACUUCCUCUAAACGCCAAAGCACUCGGCUGGCACAUCAGAAGUUCAACAUAAUUGACGAUGCUGCUAGCAGUUCUUCAUUGGUGCAGCCUGAAACUAGGAAGAUACAGGGAAUGUGCGAUAUUGUUAACAUUCGGAUCGACAACCAGCGACCGACCGAACUGCAAUUCAACGAGAAUGAUUUUCUUGACGAUGAACUCAGUGGCGACGAGGACUGGGCUGGCGAUGACUUCUAG